UGGGCGGGCUAGAUUCAAAUGAGGGUCGCCUAACCGACACGCGUCUGUGGAGGAGCGUCCAGGUCGCUGGCCGCUUUGCGUUUCCCACUGGUUUUGUCGCUUUCAGGAUUCUCGAGCCCCUUCAGGACCGUCACCAUGGAGUUGUCACCACUGCAGCCUGUAAAUGAAAAUAUGCUAAUGAACAAAAAGAAGAAUGAAGAUGGCAAGAAAAGAUUGUCUAUUGAAAGAAUCUAUCAGAAAAAAACACAACUGGAGCAUAUACUGCUCCGCCCAGACACCUACAUUGGCUCUGUGGAGUUAGUGACCCAGCAAAUGUGGGUUUACGAUGAAGAUGUUGGCAUUAACUACAGGGAAGUCACUUUUGUUCCUGGUUUGUAUAAAAUCUUUGAUGAGAUUCUAGUUAAUGCUGCUGAUAACAAACAAAGGGACCCAAAAAUGUCUUGUAUUAGAGUCACAAUUGAUCCAGAAAAUAAUUUAAUUAGUAUCUGGAAUAAUGGAAAAGGAAUUCCUGUUGUUGAACACAAAGUUGAGAAAAUGUAUGUCCCAGCUCUCAUAUUUGGACAGCUUCUGACUUCCAGUAACUAUGAUGAUGAUGAGAAGAAAGUGACAGGUGGUCGAAAUGGCUAUGGAGCUAAACUCUGUAAUAUAUUCAGCACCAAAUUUACUGUGGAAACAGCCAGUAGAGAAUACAAGAAAAUGUUCAAACAGACAUGGAUGGAUAACAUGGGAAGAGCUGGUGACAUGGAACUCAAGCCCUUUAGUGGAGAAGAUUAUACAUGUAUUACCUUCCAGCCUGACUUAUCUAAGUUUAAAAUGCAAAGUCUGGACAAAGACAUUGUUGCGUUGAUGGUCAGAAGAGCAUAUGACAUCGCUGGUUCCACUAAAGAUGUCAAAGUCUUUCUUAAUGGAAAUAGGCUGCCAAUAAAAGGGUUCCGUAGUUAUGUGGAUAUGUAUUUGAAGGAUAAGGUAGAUGAAACUGGGAACUCACUGAAGGUGGUACAUGAACAAGUAAAUCCCCGGUGGGAAGUGUGCUUAACAAUGAGCGAGAAAGGCUUUCAGCAGAUUAGCUUCGUCAACAGCAUUGCUACUUCUAAGGGUGGCAGGCAUGUUGAUUACAUAGCUGAUCAGAUUGUGAGCAAACUCGUUGAUGUGGUGAAAAAGAAGAACAAGGGCGGUGUUGCAGUGAAGGCUCAUCAGGUGAAAAAUCACAUGUGGAUUUUUGUAAAUGCCUUAAUUGAAAACCCAACCUUUGACUCUCAAACAAAAGAAAACAUGACUUUACAAGCCAAGAGCUUUGGAUCAACAUGUCAAUUAAGUGAGAAGUUCAUCAAAGCUGCAAUUGGUUGUGGUAUUGUCGAAAGCAUACUCAACUGGGUGAAAUUUAAGGCUCAAAUCCAAUUAAACAAGAAGUGUUCAGCUGUAAAACAUAACAAAAUCAAGGGAAUCCCCAAACUUGAUGAUGCCAAUGAUGCAGGGAGCCGAAAUUCUACUGAAUGCACACUUAUCCUGACUGAGGGAGACUCAGCAAAAACUCUGGCAGUUUCUGGCCUUGGAGUGGUUGGAAGAGACAAAUAUGGGGUGUUCCCUCUCAGGGGGAAAAUACUCAAUGUGCGAGAAGCUUCUCAUAAACAGAUCAUGGAAAAUGCUGAAAUUAACAAUAUCAUCAAGAUUGUGGGUCUUCAGUACAAGAAAAACUAUGAAGAUGAAGAUUCAUUGAAAACUCUUCGUUAUGGGAAGAUCAUGAUUAUGACAGAUCAGGAUCAAGAUGGUUCCCAUAUCAAAGGCUUGCUGAUCAAUUUUAUCCAUCACAAUUGGCCAUCUCUUCUGCGACAUCGUUUUCUAGAAGAAUUUAUCACUCCCAUUGUAAAGGUGUCCAAAAAUAAGCAAGAAAUGGCAUUCUAUAGUCUUCCCGAGUUUGAAGAAUGGAAGAGUUCAACUCCAAAUCAUAAAAAAUGGAAAGUCAAAUACUACAAAGGUUUGGGCACCAGCACAUCAAAGGAAGCUAAGGAAUAUUUUGCAGAUAUGAAACGACAUCGUAUUCAAUUCAAAUACUCUGGCCCUGAAGAUGAUGCUGCAAUCAGCCUGGCCUUUAGUAAAAAACAAGUGGAUGACCGAAAGGAAUGGUUAACUAAUUUCAUGCAAGACAGAAGACAACGGAAGUUACUUGGCCUGCCUGAUGAUUAUUUGUAUGGACAAAGCACUUCGUACCUGACCUAUAAUGACUUCAUAAACAAGGAACUUAUCCUCUUUUCAAACUCUGAUAAUGAAAGAUCUAUCCCAUCUAUGGUAGAUGGUUUGAAACCAGGUCAGAGAAAGGUUUUGUUCACUUGUUUCAAACGAAAUGACAAGCGAGAAGUGAAGGUUGCCCAGUUAGCUGGGUCAGUGGCAGAAAUGUCCUCUUAUCACCAUGGUGAGAUGUCACUGAUGAUGACCAUUAUCAAUUUGGCUCAGAAUUUUGUGGGUAGCAAUAACUUGAACCUUUUACAGCCCAUUGGUCAGUUUGGUACCAGGCUGCAUGGUGGCAAGGACUCAGCUAGUCCUAGGUACAUCUUUACAAUGCUCAGCUCUUUGGCUCGGUUGUUGUUUCCACCAAAAGAUGAUCACACGUUACGGUUUCUAUAUGAUGACAACCAGCGUGUUGAGCCUGAAUGGUACAUUCCCAUUAUACCCAUGGUGCUGAUAAAUGGUGCUGAGGGUAUUGGUACUGGGUGGUCCUGCAAAAUUCCCAACUUUGAUGUUCGUGAAGUCGUAAAUAAUAUCAGACGGCUUUUAGAUGGAGAAGAGCCUCUGCCCAUGCUUCCAAGUUAUAAGAAUUUCAAAGGUACUAUUGAAGAACUGGCUUCAAAUCAGUAUGUGAUUAAUGGAGAAGUAGCUAUUCUGAAUUCUACAACCAUUGAGAUCUCAGAGCUUCCCAUCAGAACAUGGACCCAAACAUAUAAAGAACAGGUUCUAGAACCCAUGUUGAAUGGCACUGAGAAGACACCCCCUCUAAUAACAGACUACAAGGAAUACCAUACUGAUACCACUGUGAAGUUUGUCAUAAAGAUGACUGAAGAAAAAUUGGCAGAGGCAGAGAGAGUUGGACUACACAAAGUCUUCAAACUCCAGACUAGUCUCACUUGCAACUCUAUGGUGCUUUUUGACCAUGUAGGUUGCUUAAAGAAAUAUGACACUGUGCUGGAUAUUCUAAGAGACUUCUUUGAGCUCAGACUUAAAUAUUAUGGAUUAAGAAAAGAAUGGCUUCUAGGAAUGCUUGGUGCAGAGUCUUCUAAACUGAAUAAUCAAGCUCGCUUUAUAUUAGAGAAAAUAGAUGGCAAAAUAGUCAUUGAAAAUAAACCUAAAAAAGAAUUAAUUAAAGUUUUGAUUCAGAGAGGAUACGAUUCUGACCCUGUGAAAGCCUGGAAAGAAGCUCAACAAAAGGUCCCAGAUGAAGAGGAAAAUGAAGAAAGUGACUCUGAAACUAGCACCAGUGACUCUGCAGCCGAGUCUGGCCCAACCUUCAACUACCUGCUCGACAUGCCCCUGUGGUACCUUACCAAGGAGAAGAAGGACGAGCUGUGCAAGCAAAGAAACGAGAAGGAACAAGAGCUCAACACAUUAAAGAAAAAGAGUCCAUCGGACUUGUGGAAGGAAGAUCUGGCUGUUUUUAUUGAAGAACUGGAGGUUGUGGAAGCCAAGGAAAAACAGGAUGAACUAGUAGGACUUCCUGGAAAGGGGGGAAAAGCAAAGGGGAAGAAAGCACAGAUGACUGAAGUCCUGCCUUCUCCUAUGGGAAAAAGAGUCAUUCCCCAAGUGACUGUAGAGAUGAAGGCUGAGGCCGAGAAGAAAAUUAGGAAGAAAAUUAAGAGUGAAAAUGUUGAGGGUACCCCUACUGAGGAUGGUGCUGAAACAGGAAGCCUACGGCAACGAUUAGAGAAGAAGCAGAAGAGAGAGCCAGGCACCAUGGCAAAGAAGCAAACUACAUUGCCGUUUAAACCUAUCAAAAAAGGGAAAAAGAAAAACCCCUGGUCUGAUUCUGAGUCAGAUAUGAGCAGUAAUGAAAGUAAUUUUGAUGUCCCUCCGCGAGAAAAAGAGCAAAGAAGUGCUGCAGCGAAAGCCAAAUUCACAGUGGAUUUAGACUCCAGUGAAGAUUUCUCAGGUUCAGAUGAAAAUGAAGAUUUCCUCCCAUUAGAUGCUACUCCACCUAAGACCAAAAUCCCCCCAAAAAAUACUAAGAAAGCACUGAAGCCACAGAACCGUGAAGCCACAGCAGUAGUUGAUCUUGAAAGUGAUGUCAAGGACAAUGUGCCAGCUUCUCCUGGUGCCCCUGCUGCUGACUUCCCAGCUGAAACUGAACACUUAAAGCCAACCUCCAAAAAGACUGUGGGAGUGAAGAAGACAGCAACCAAAAGCCAGUCUACAGUCUCCAUUGCUGGUACCAAAAAGAGAGCUGCAUCGAAGGUAACCAAAUCAGACCCAGCCCUGAAUGUGGGUGCCUCUGAAAAGCCUGCUCCUGCCAAAGCCAAGAACAGUCGCAAAAGGAAGCCAUCUUCUUCUGAUAGCUCUGACUCUGAUUUUGAGAAAGCAAUUUCUAAAGGUGCCACAAGCAAGAAACCAAAGGGAGAGGAACAGGAUUUCCAUGUGGACUUAGAAGACACUGUGGCUCCUCGAGCCAAAUCUGGACGAGCAAGGAAGCCAAUUAAGUACCUGGAGGAGUCUGAUGAUGAUGACCUCUUCUGAGGUGGGAGAGAUUGUUUUAGGAAUGGUUUUACUGAGCCAGGUUAAUUUUAAAGUUCUUCCUUAAUCAUCACCUCUGAAUUUAAUUUGAGGAAGACUUUUUUUUUUUUUUUAACUAAGACCAUCCAAGGGAAUAGGGCCCAUGUGUGGCCUUCAGCCUACUGUCAAAGUGACCAUCUUAUGGACAAUUGUUUUCUUUGAUUUGUCUGUUUUAUGUCUGUUUUCUUUGGUCUCUAAAAUCUGCUUCAAAAUUUUUUUGGAUUCCGCAUAGUUAUAUGCUCACUUCCACACAAUAGUACUUAUCAAUCAUUUAUUAAACUACAGUGGAAAUGUUUUCAAAAGCACUUCUUCUGCCUCCUUUCCUAUUCCCACAAAAUAGGAGGUAACAUGGUCAUUGUUUCCAAUUUUAUAGGUAGAAUUUGGUCAUUUAGAACUGGUUAGUUCUAGUACAGAUACAGUGCUCAACCUAUGACAUGAUGAAUUUUUGUUUGAGCCAUGAGAAAUUGCUCAUACCUUUUGAACAUCAUCAGAGGCUGAAGACAGUCACCUUAUGACCCAGCGCAAGCAGCAAGGUGAAAGAAAGUUAGGCCAGUUACGUGAAGUCCUGAUGUCUUCCGAACACAGGAUCCCUGGGAAGAGGUUCAUGGUUACAUCUCCAAGCUCAACCAAGAAGUGCAAUCCAUUGCAGAUCUUCAUAAUUCCAACUUGUGAACACCAAGACCUUCUGUACUGUUUUGUCUGUUACUUAAGUGCUGUUAUCAAUCUUUUGUAAAUAUUUAAUAUGUCUGUCUAUUCAUCUUAAUUCCAACUAUUUUGUACUUUAAUAAAUCUUCUAAACAUUGCGA